UUUGCUUACAUACUGUUUCCAUUCCAUGAUAUCCAGUGGAUAUUGCCGGGCUCCAUCGCCUACUGUUCGUCACUUCAAGUGCUGCCGGUGUUCAGACAACACACGUUAUCCAUUUGCAAGACUUCUACAUUUGCGUAAAUAAGUCAAAAUGCCAGUUCCAGCUCUUCAAAAGCCAGCUCCACCUUUUAAGGGAACUGCUGUAGUCAACGGUAACUUCAAGGAUAUCUCUCUUUCUGACUAUAAGGGCAAAUAUGUCAUUCUCUUCUUCUACCCUCUUGACUUCACAUUUGUCUGUCCAACUGAGAUUAUUGCAUUUUCGGACCGCGCUGCAGAAUUUCAUGCGAUAGGAGCUCAAUUGAUUGCUGCUUCUACCGACUCUCACUUCAGUCAUCUUGCGUGGGUCAACACCCCGCGCAAGCAAGGAGGUUUGGGUGAAAUGAAAAUUCCUCUUCUUGCCGAUAAGAACGCCAAAAUUGCACGCGACUACGGUGUUUACGAUGAGGAUUCUGGCGUCCCCUUCCGCGGUUUGUUUAUUAUCGACAAACAGCAAAAUCUCCGUCAAAUCACAAUCAACGACCUUCCGGUUGGAAGAUCUGUUGACGAAACUUUGAGAUUGGUGCAAGCAUUCCAGUUUACUGAUGUACACGGUGAAGUGUGUCCUGCUAACUGGAAACCCGGCCAAAAAUCCAUGAAGCCCGAUCCAGUCGGAUCAAAGGAGUACUUCAAGGACUCUUAAAUGAAUGUAUCAACUAUUUAUAAACAUGUUUAAAAAAUGCAUUGAAAUCAUCACUUUUACCGUACUAUAUUGAAAAACAAAGUAUUUUUAAAGAUUUCUGUAGAUUAGGAAUCGAUUUUCUUUUGAUCUAAUUCAUUUUUAAUAAAAGAAUCUCUUUUUUAACCAAA